AUGAAUACCAAGGAAGUGCGAAACACGUCAACGUUCAAGAUCUGGCACGGUGACAAGGAGUCGUACUGGCUGUCCACCGAGUUAAUGGGCGUACCUUACUCCUUUGAGACUUGGUACGCGGCACGGAUGUGUCAGUCGCAGGAAAUUGGGAUUCAAUUAUUUCUCGAUGACGACGAUGAAUGGAAGAAGCAGCACCCUGAACCGCUGAAAGAACCGCAGAACGUGUUUAAUCACACGGGAAGCCCUCCCCCAGAGCGCAGCUCUUGUACAUUACAUAUAGCUCACUCGGACGCCUGGGGUACCGAGCCCCUAUGGGCCAACAGUGCGCUAUGGUACAACAAAGGAAACAAGCAACAUGGUAUAAGCAAUUGGACACACUGGUAUCUUGGUGAACCAGUCCAUGCUGUUCUUGGAGCAUAUUCUGAUCAAAACUCUGACGGGUCUGGAGAUGACAAGGAUGACACGGCAAAGGAACAACAAGGAGUGGAACGGAAGAUAUGGCCACCCAGCCCGAGUGGUUAUUCAUGGAUUGACCCCUCGAUUACAAGACAUGUUUCAGGCGGGAUCUGCCUCGGUGGGGGCAUUUGUCUGUUGAUUUCCGGAAUAGGCUGGAGAGAAUGA